AUGGCGGCGUCUUCCAGCGGGAACAGUUUACCGCUUGUUUUACGAAUUACAUACGAUGAACUGGUCGCUUAUGCGGAUGAGUUAGAAAAGAAGAAAGAUAAAAAACAAUCUAAAAAGAAAAGCCACGAAAAGAGUAAAGAAAAGGGGCUGAAAUCAGAGAAAGAAGUUGACAAGAACGGUUCUUCUGACGUUAGCGGAAAGUAUUCCCCGAAGAAAACUGAACAAAGAGAAGAAUGCGAUACUAUUAACGUAAGCAAGCGUGAUAAACAAAAAAGUAAAGAUGUUUCAAAGAAAGAUGCAAAGAAGGAUAAAAGGAAUUCAAAAGAGUCGAAACCAAAGCGAAAAUCAUCUGUCGAAAAGGAGGAUAGCGCGGUCCGGGACAAUGGUAUUACUACCGACGACAACAAAAAGGCUAGUGGGUCUAAACAAAAAGAUACUAGAAAUCGUGGAAGUGUAUCCAGGAAAGAGGUAUCAGACGAUGAUGGUGAAAAAGAGUGCAAUGAUUAUGAACUUGAACUGAGAGCUAGAACUGGUGGGGUUUUGAAACUUUCAAAUUCAAAAUCCCCUGAUGAAGGUUUAGAGGGAUCACUUAAGGAUGAUGUGAAACAUUGUCAACCAAGAGGAAUAAUCAAAUUACCUGAGGGGCUUGAUUUAACGGAGAAAGAUGAAGAAAAAGAGAUUCGGCAAAGUCAUAGUAGUCCUAAAAAGAGAAGUGUGAGUGAAAGUAGAGGGUUUUUUGACUCCGUUCACUCAAAUGAUACUCCUUCACAAAGACAAGAAGUUAAGUGCAGUGAUGGAAAUGACUCUGAAUUUCAUGCAAAUGAAAGGAAAACUGGAAACAGUAUAGCACAAGAAAAUGUUUAUACGCCUGAAGGUCAAAGUAUUAAACGUUUUGCUGAGUAUCACAAUGGGGAAAAUGCCAUAGUAGCACCAGAGCCAAACAGCAGUGCUAAAGUUGAGAAAAAGGUUAAAUCCUUACAUCUUCAAAGAGCUCAGAAACUUCUGAAAUUAGUGGCCCAAAGAGAGACAUCACUAAGCAAUUUACUGUCUCGAGAGAUUCUUGAUAAGGCAGCUUUUGAAAAAAUUAAUUCCAUCAGUAAAGAAAUCCAGGAUGCCUACAAAGGUGUCAUGAUGCUUGAUCUUUCCUUUGCAAUUCAGCAAGAAGUUGAUCAGAACCUUUGGAGAAAUGGAUUUUACAAAGUGAUUGAAACACUAAGGAAGUAUGGAAAGCUUUUUCUGGGUUAUGCAGAUAAAACAGAAAUGCUCUCUCCUGAAGAAAUAAAUAACUGCUUGAAGGAGUUCCUUGCAAAUGCUGAAACAUUUUACAAAAACAUUUUGGAGUUACUUCAGAAGGAUCACGAGUUUUCAGUUCAGGAUGUGGUUAGUCAACCAAGAAAAGCAGAAAAACUCGGGAAAAAGGUGAGAAACUAUACACUGUAGGGCUGCAAAUAACAGUCAGUCAUUGGACAUUGACUGACCAAAAUUGCUAGUGUCCAAGGAAAUCCCACCUGUGUUCGGACAUUAUGUCCAGAUAAUUUUUUCAUUGUAAAUCAUUUUAUGGUAAGGAAGAAUAAAAGUCCACCUUGAGUAAAUCUUACUUUGUGUUAGGACGACCUCAAAAUCAUGAGAUAACAUUGACUUGGAUAAUGAAGUUUUCUUUUACAUUAGUGUAGCAUGUCCUCUGUUUUACCCGAUAUAAAAUUCAACCUUUUUUGGUGAUGUCCGACCAACCAAGCUGGUGUCUUAGUAAGACAUAUGUCCUUUCAAGAGAAAAAAAUUAUUUGCAGCCCUGUACUGGGCUAUCAUUAACGGUUGCAACCUACAUGUAUAACAACUGUUAAGACUGAUCCAUCUCUAUUGCAUAUCACAGUAGAUUGUACUGUCCAGCCAAAGAAGAGUUGAAAACACAAUUGACAUGGAACAAUAUAAAUUAUUAUAUGUUACAGGUCAAAAUUAAACUCAGGUAAUUUUUUUUAUCUAGGUUGAUUCUCAAUUUUGUUUGUCUCCUAGCCCUAAUUAUUCAUGAGUUAGGGCUAGUAGACACACUGUACAUGUAAAGGAAAUUAAGAAUCAAACUGGGUUUUCAAGCAGAAUAACAUUUUGACCUGUAACAUAUGGUUUUGUACCCAGUUGCAGGGCUAGAAAAAUCUUGGAUUCCAGCUUGUCCUUUGGACAAGCAGCUCGUACAUUUUGCUUGCCUGAGACCACUUCUUGCUUGUCUUUGUUAAUGAUUUAGUUGAUAGGUGACUUCCCUAGACCCUUACCCACUGGGCAAGUGAGCUUAAAGUACAGUGUAUUAGAACUGCUACAAAGUUAAACAUUGAUCAGGCUUACAUGCACAAAAUCGAUUAUUUGAAAAUGUGCUAUCAAACCGAACACAAAUUCCAAAAAAGUGGAGCAUUUUAUUUCAGUGAAAAUGAAUGGCCAAAUUUGAUUUCUUUUAUCCUUUGAAAUAUUGAUAAUUACAGGGUUGCAAAAUGAAAGGUGGGUGCUGCGUACUUAAGAACAGAGCUUAUACAAGCAGUGUAAAAAGUGGACAUAUCUUGCCGAGGAACUCUUGAUCUCUUUAACUGCACUAAAGAAUACAGACGCUUGGACGCUUUAAAUCCUUAUUUUAUUUGUCUUUGUUUAUAAAAUACCACCACUGUAACUGUCAUUAUGAAUUUACAGUGAAAAUUGACAUUAUUGUAUCGGACUGCAGUGCUUGGUCUUUCAUACUUUGAAAAUUUGCUAUUGAAAAUGAUUUCCAAUAUGUAUGUUAACCUUAUAGGCUAAACUUGCACUCUUAAGUGCACACCACAUCUUAAUCUGUCUCGGAGACAUUGAGAGGUAUCAAGGCCAAUUUCACAACAGCCAGAACUGGGCAUCUAUCAGGUCAUGGUAUUUAAAAGCUAGCAAACUGGCACCCAAGAAUGGAAAGCCCUACAACCAGCUGGGAGUCAUUGCAGUGCUUGCCAACCGUAAACUGGACUCUGUGUAUUUCUACAUACGGAGUCUCUCAGUAAGCAAUCCUAUCCUGACAGCUAGAGAAAAACUGAUCUCUAUUUUCUAUGACAUCCAGAAAAAGGUAAUCUUUAUUAUUUAUUGAUCUUAUUGCAAUUUUGUCUACAUGUGCAGUUAUAAUGUUAAGUUAUUUUUUUCUGAAAUAAUGAGUAUAUUUAAAUGAAUUUCGUAUAAUUAGUGAAACUGGAGGAUGAAGAAAUAGAUGCGGAGAUGAUAAUCACAGUUUAAUACACAAUUUGCCCAAUUGGCUUGUUAGCUUAAUAAUGGUUAGAGCACUGCGCCAGUAUUGUACAGGUCAGGGUUCGAAUCCCGGCAAGCCUGACUUUUUUCAGGCUUUCUUUUCACAACUGUAUAAGUUGCAUCUUUAACUGUGAUGAACAUCUCUGCUUUAAGUUGUUCUUUUAUGGUCAGAAAACUACACAGGGAUUUCAAUAGAAACUGAAGGACAGUGUAGCCAACAGGUUUGAAUAGAGUAACCGGCUGUAUCAACAUGGAGCUGUGGGUUUCCCAUUUUCUAGGGGUCUGGGGGCAAGCUUCCUUUGAAGAUGGAUGUUGAAAUUUCAAAGCCAUUAAGUGUGAUUUCAAUUGUUCUGGGGACUAAAUUGAGUACAAUUGAGUGCAUUCAAGAUCCAAUGGUAACAUGUACCAAAAAGCUAAGCAUAAGGUGUUUGGGGCAUAGUCUUUUGCAAAUGUUUUUUGUAGUACACCUUUAAGAUGUCUUAUCAGUUUUAGUAAAGAUAGCGCAUAAGUUAUAUUGUUAAAUACCUUUGUGUUAUGUCAUUGUGCAGGCAGACAGACUUCAAAGAGCUGAGGAUGAAAAGAAAUUUUUGGCAGACCGAAAAAGCCAUCAGAUGAAAGAUAGAGGUCAUUCUGGGCGUGGCAAAGAACGAUCUGUUUUUGGGGAAGUAGCCAAAGGUGUUGGGCUCAUCACAGCUGAGCACCAAGCUAAUCAUGGAAGGUAACUACUGGAGACAGCCACUUGAUACACAGUUUACAUCCAUUGUAAUUAAUGGAUUGAGGUCUUAGUUUCAUGCCUUGGAGGUGUUUGUUGAUAUAAACGUUAAAAAACAUUACGUCAGCUGAAGUUGCUCCUGUAACUAGAAGUGGUUGACCACUGUUUGUGCUUUUCGUGCGGUGUAACAUCCAAUACUAUGAUACUGGUUGUCAUUAAGGGUUAGGGAUCAGAAAUUUAAGCAGCACCGGCCUUACUUAUUCAUCAAUGACUUGGCAAUGACUUUCUUUUCCCUUUCAGUGAAGAGGAAAUUUUUAUUUUUCUCACCAAACCUACAUGUAUAUUCUUAGCUUCAUGGAUUUCUUAGGAUUCUUAUCGGCCUGUACUAAUUUUCUUAGAGCACUAACCUGCGGCCCCAUGAUUGUUCCUGAGAAAUGAAUUUGUUUUUGUUUUGUUUGUUGUUGUUGUUUUUUUUUUCUCGGCUUAUUAGCAACUUUUUGCCAAAGGUCUAACCAACCUCAUCAAACCCAAGAUUAAAUAAAGCUUCAUUCAUUUAUUCAUGACUGUAAGUUAAUAAUAUUUGAUUCAUGCGAUAAAACUUUACAGGCACGAAGUAUGGAUCUUUGUUCUGAAUGGAGCCUACAGAAGAGUUAUUCUCACAGAACUUGAUAAAGUAGAAGAGGUUAAUUCAGCUGGUGAACCAAUAACAGAAGCCAGCAAUAGCAAACCUGAGCCAAUUCAGGAGGCACCAAAGAUUUCUCUACAAGAGGUACUUUCUUGGCUUACUCAUUGUUUGUUAUACAAUCUAAGGGAGUUCUUGAAAGACAUUUUGGUGCUUAAAAGUGCAUUGUUUUUAUUCUUCUUUUCACCUUGUACUUGUAGGUGAACAAGAAAUUCAUGCUUCACUUCCUUUGUGCUCAUGGAUUGUUGUAUUCAAGAACUGGGUAAGACACUGAGUUAACCUUAAAGACUCGUUUAUCAGCAUGCAUAUUCUCCAUAUUGUUCAAUAGGCAUUACCUACUGCAUGUUGAGGAGAAUUUGUUUAACGAUCACAACCUUUUUUAUUAGUUGGUCGUUUCCUUUAUUCUCACGACUGUUAUACGUACAUGUUUAGUUAAGUAGUAGUAUUUUAAGGAGAAAUUACACUGUACAUGUGCAGAUGCUGGUCAUUUGCGCUGUAAUUAGCGAUAAAAGAGUUUACUUGGCAUAACAUGAGGUUUGUUUUCAUGAAAUGUAGUUCUUACGCUUUAUUUUUCUGUUCUUGUUAUAGAAAUGUUGUUUUUCAUUAAUGAAUAAUGGUAAUAGGACUGAAUGGAGUCCAAUUCGGUCUGAAUUUAACAAAAUCAGACAACUGCAUAGCAGGAGGCCGAUUUGGAUGACACGAAGUUCUGUUACCAAUUAAUCAUAACUAUAACAAAAUAUGUGAUAUUUUAGGCUUUUUUCAAUUAAAACACAAGAAAUUCCAAGAGUUUUUUUUCCGCUGGCAGUGAAAAAAAGCCAUUGGAGUGCACGCUUGCUAAGGCAUGAAAUCAGGACAGUUGAUAGCCAAUCAGAUUUGAGAAUUUUUUCAUAGUUAUGAUUAAAUACAGUAAUUGUAUUUCCUCAAACAUAGCACAUAUUCUCUAAAAAGCAUAGCCCAGUCCCUUGGUCAAACAACCAAAAGUAGCCUCUUCCCUGCUAUCAGUUUUUUUCAUAUUAGGGAUAUCAUAAGGAACUCCCACUUUCGUUUCCCACUUUGAUGUUAUUUUUUCAAACUUAAGUCCAAAUUCUGCCCCCCAAACCCCCCCCCCUCAAUUAAGUGCCUUCCUUCAAUUAGAAGCCAUCAUUCUUGGCUGAAAUUUUGAAAUUGUGUCUGGGAGCUUAUCCUUGAGGAAUAAAAAAAUAUUUGUCUAUUACUUAAUGACAGUAUAGAGAGAUUACCUACAUUGCAAUACCAGCUCAUUGGUGAGUUUGACACUCUGUUGGAGUAUCCUACAUCUUCAGCAAUCAGCAGAUCCAAUUUGCUUCAGAUGAUGGCCAUCAACAUAUUUGCCAUUACCAACACUGCAGCGGAAGGUAUGGUUUUGUGCACCGCUCUCUCUCCAUCAGUCACAUGAUUGUGUCUCAGUUCAAAAUGACAUUUAAGUAAAAAGUUUUUAAAUCUACACAGUGUAGUUUGAUUCUAGGGUAGGGGGAAGUAUUUAAAGAUUGAAACUAAGUAUGUAUGAACCUUAACUGGAAUUUUCCAGUAUUGAGAAGAGGUUCAAACCAAUAAACUCUGUGUGUGGGAGGGAGGGAGGAGUUAAUUUGUGGGGGGAGAGGGAGUCAAUUGAUAUAAUUAUUUUUCUGAAACAUCACAUCUUACUUUGAAGGAUUGAAUUAAUCUUGCACUAAUAACAAUUGGUCAAAUUGUUGUUGAAAUGAGCUUUAAAUUUUCUUACCUUGGAGACCUCUGUACUUCUUUGCUAUGUGGAAUCAUAGAUGUAACUCUCUUUUGCUUUAUUUGUAGAUUCCACAGAACCCUAUGUGAGAGUGGGUACACCUCAGGAUCAAGCCCUUAAUCUUGCCACAGAAAUGUUCAUCUCAUUACUGAAGAGCUGCUGCACUCUGUUACAGAGUAUUGACUUUGAAGCGAGAAAUACCCAAGAUGGUCUCAGUGUGCCACUUAGACAAUUCCUGCCUGCUGUCAAGGUUUUUGCUGACUGGAUGGCAUGCCAUGCUGAUCUAUGGCAAGCAUCAUCCAUAAGGUUACUAGCACUGCUUAAUAUUUGUUUUAAGGUUAAUUUGUUCCAUGUUACAUGAAAGUUUAUCUGAGGAGCAAGGAUAGCAAAGAGGAAGGGUCACUAAUAUGGCUAGAUUUACAUCCCAGGGGUGAUGCUACAUGAAUACAUUGAUGUGGACUGAGUUUGUUGUUUCUCUGCAACAACCGCAGUUUUCCCCUCUCCUCAAAAACCAAGACUUCCAAAUUUCGAAUUGAAGGGGUACAUGUACGUGGACUAAAGCCCUAAGUCACUUCUUAUCUAUUACCAAAUUCUUCUUCUGAUUAUCAAGCAUAUACAAAGUACUGUGGAAGGAGAAUAAAGCAUUUUAUCAGAAGUCAGUUACAAUGAAGGGCUUUAUUCCAGGCAUAUCCCUUUAAUAAUAUUGAUCUCAAAUUUUGUACAUGAGGAUGUUUUAAAAUGAGUUGUUAAGAACCACUAACUAUUCUUUUGAAUUGACUGAGAUUUUGUAAUGGUGAUAAUAAUAAUAAUAAUACACUUUAUUUAAAGACGGUAGCACGGAAUAGUUACAGAAACUCGUAAACUUGUGGCCCUCUAUCUAAGUUUAAAUUGCAAAAAACAUAAGAUUCCAGAUAUACAAAGUCUAAGUACAAAAUAAAUAAAACUAAGGCAAUAUAGAAGUUCUACAUCAAUAUGAACGAGUAUAAGAACUAACGAUAUGGCUAGUGAAAUAUAUGCAAGAAUAUGAUUAAACUAUGAAAUGGUGUCAAGGCUGCUGCCUAAGAAAAAUUUUAGGGAGCCCUUCGGGCUCCUAAAGUUUAAAGUUAGGAGCCCGAGCCACAUUGUUAGGAGCCCAGUUUGAAAUCCAUGUAUUGUUUUUCCAAGAUCAUUACAUAGGUUAUAGAGGUUCUUGCACACUUUAAUAAGAAUUCGCCGGGCCUAAUAAAUAACACGUAAACAAGAAUUAACCGAAUUAUUUACUUUCAUUUAUUAAUUUAUUCAAUUAACUUCCACAUCUGUUGUGUUCAAUGUGACCUAGAAGAGCCUUCAAAGAAUUUUCUAAAAUGUAACAAUUAAACUGCUUCUUACCUUUCUUAUACACAUUCAUGAGCCGGAAAAAUAUUUGAGGGGCUUAAUUUGCGUGUAAAAGGAAUUUUCACAAUUUUCACAAUAAAAGAAUAACAUAACAGUAGGUAAUUUCAACUCAGAAUUAUUUACUUGACUUUCACAUUUGUUCAGUAACAGUUGUGUUCCACAUGACAACUUAACUAGUCUUCAAAAACUUUCUAAAGUAGACCAAUCCUCUCCUUACCUUUUUAUACAUGAACAGGAAAAACAGAACAGAACAUCAAGUGCCUUAUGUAAACCUUAGCCUGGAUGGAUCUCAUUAAAUGAAGUGCUAAACAUUUGAGGAAUCAUUUAAAUUGAAUAACAUUUUCCUAUCUGAUUCUGUGCUAUAAAAGAAUUUUAUGUCAAUGUAACUACAUUGUAAAUUCAAAAGAUCAUUUUUUUAAGUCUUAUAAGUUCUCCAAAACAGCUCGGAGUUGUCCAAAACAGCUCCAUUUUAGAAGAGCUUAAUUAGCCCCUCAAAUAGUACUGUAUUUUACUCAAGGAAAAACUCCCAAUUUUGGGUCCAAAACAGAUCCUUUGAAUUCACAGUGUAGUUUACAAUUAAAUCACAGCAUUGAGCAAUGUUCAUCAGUCUUUUGGUUUUGUCCCCUUAAGAGAACUCCAGGUUCUAGCCUCUGGAUGUUUGUCCACCCAGUGCUUGCUCGAUAAAAAUUUUCUCAAAACUCGGGGUGCGUCUUAUAACCGAGUAUUUUCCCGCAACAAAAUUUAACUUUGCCAAAUUUCCUUAUAAUUAAUGUUCAACUAAGAUGAGAAUGAAUAAACAAGACAUUCAUCGUUGCAUGGUCAUCUUGAAGGUAAAUUCCUGGUUUGGUUAUGGAAAAGAGAGAUUCUCCAUCUGAGCCGUCAGAACUGGUUACCUAGCACGUGAUCAAAAUCUGCCCCGAUCAAAUUUCCUUCCACGACAAAAAUAGCCGUGUCACGAAAAUGAUAUUUGUUACAUUUCAAGCGCUACUGUCUUAAACUUUCUGCACUUUUCUGUGAGCAUGUUCCAGAACCAAACUCAACAUCAGUGUAUCGAAGCUGUAGAAACUGUACGCGAAAAGAAGCCGUUUUAUUAUAAGUGAAAUAUCAAGCUUACAGUAUCUUUGAUCUCAAAACAAACGCGGUUCAAAUUUCAUUAGUCAAAGAAAAUUUGCAUGAAUUUGCGAGGCAAUCACAGACAGCUACCUAGCUGAUCUGCUAUUUCGUUUAGAAGGUCAAGAAUGUCAAGUUGUCACUACGGAUUAAAUAAAACCGCAUUGAAUAUAGGUCAAAUGAAGGCACAGCAUCUUCGGUUGUGUUUUAAAAGCGGGAAAUAUAUUUUAUUGUUUUGAAAGAGACAGUUUCCAAAUCGUUAUCUAUAUUAAUAUAAAUGUUCACAUACGGAGUCGUAAGAAAUAAACAUUGCUUACCUGUUGCGAGAAUUCCAUUGUAGUCACUGGGCUUAAGACAAAUUGCUGAAACCUUUGUCGAUUUUAGCGAGAAAAGAAGAACCUUUGCCGAUUUUAGCGGGAAAAGCAGAACCUUUGCCGAUUUUAGCGGGAAAGGGCGCUAACACGUGCAGCAAGGCAGAAAUACAACCAACACAAAGUUGAUCAUUACUUUAAUUUCUUUAUUCAAGGUAAAGACAUCACAUUACAAAUAUGAAAUAUCAUACUGCGUUCUCUGGCGUGUUGUUUUUAAAGUCUCUUGAAAAUGCUGAUACGUUGCAAACUGGUACAUGAAAUCGAACAUCAAGCACGUCCAGUCGAUAGCACGCAAGAUAGCUUCCCAUUCUCGCCACAAAAAGUUAUCAAAUCGACGAAAACCCAAGCAAACGAUGAACUGCACGAAUGUCAACAUAGGCAACAAACAGCCCAUAAUUUUGCUAUUCCAUAUUUGGAAGUCAAAUCUCAGACCCAGUCUUCAACUGCCAUCCGGACUCGGAAACGAUGGCUUCGUUCGUUUCGACAAAGCUUCACAGUUGAACACGUUAGGUUUACAUAAUUUACGGUUUAUUUGUGGAAAUUUUAUACUGCCUAAUCGCAUCAUCGCUAACCAUAUCAACAGUUCCACUGUUUAAAGUCCUACUCCAGCUAAAGGAAUAUAAUGUACAAGGAGGUUAAGUCUAAUGCCGUGUGUUAAGUCAGGCGCCCGCGCGGGCUCCUUGUACCGAAAUUUGGUCGCCCAUGCUCUUACCUUGGGCGCCUCUGGCGACCGGGCGCCCGUUAGGCAGCAGCCUUGGGUGUCAUUAAAAUUAAUUGGGUUGACCCAACCAAUUAACCACCAAGACAAAUUGUAGUUAUUAUUACUGGAAAGUUUGGUUUAUCUUUCACUUAGUGCAAGUCAAUGUAAUAUACAAUUUAAGUUCUGACUAUGGACCAUUUUAAAAUUCUGCACAGCCAUUGUGUUGUGGUUUAGAACAUGGCAAACAUUCAAACUUUUAUCAGAAAAGGGAUAUCAAUGGACUAUAGCUACAUUAUGAGUCCAUUAGAGAGAAAACACAUAAUUUGAUUUUUUUUUUUUAACAAUAAUAAUGUUUUAUUUUCUCUGCAAUAAUCAAUCAAACAUUUUCCAUUAUCAAUAAAUAUUAUUAUCACAUUACUCAAGGUUUAUGAUCAAUGAUCAGCACACCACAACUUCUAAGUGUUAAUUACAUUUACAUGUCUGUAGUUAUAAAUUCGUCUUGAUUCUUACUCUUUGGGUAGAUACAGAUGUAUAAGGCAUCAAGGGGUUAUAUGACUGCUUCUCCAUAAGUUAUGUUUAUGCUUUCUGUAAGAUUCCUCAAGGGAUUUUGCUGGGAAGUGGUCAGGAGUGUACAAAAUGACGUCCCACUCAUGUACAUUAAGGUUACUCAUUCUAGAAACUAUUUCUGUUACAUUAACAUAAUUUAUAUACAUUUACUUUCAGCACACAUAGAAUUCUCUGGGAAUCAGUGAGUCAGUUCACAAAUGCUCUCUCUUAUGUGGAUAUUGAUAAUCUUCACCAGGAAGAUGGUAAGUCCAAUGAAUUUCUUCUCUUAUAGUUAUUGCAACUGUAUCUAAUUAUCUUGUAGUUCGGUUUUUCCUUGGUUUAAAUUCUAUUUUUGUUUGCUUCAAGCUCGUCAUCAAAUGAGCACAAUGUACCGUAAAAUUCUGAAAAUAAGCCCCGGGGCUUAUAUUUUUCAAAGGCCUUUUUCUAGCGGCUUAUUUUUGGAGGGGCUCAUAUUUGGAAGGGUUAUCUACGGAGGGAAAUUUGUGUUUCAAAAUCGAUUUGGCUAGCCUUAUAGUUGAAAGGAAUUGACCGUUUUUGCUUUGUCGUACUUUGUAUUUGAGGGCCAUUUCCAAAUACAAGCCCCCAGAGGAGGGGUGAUUUAACGGAGCUUUUUUGCGUUCUGAGUUUGGGGAGCUUACAUUUGGAGGGGGUUAUACAUGAAGGGGCUUAUUUUCGGAAUUUUACGGUACUGUACAUUACCAUGCCCACACACAAAGAGAAAUAAAUACAAUAAAAAAUUGUCAUGUAGAUUAAGUUUCACCAAGGAAAAUAAUAUUUAUCCAGCCAGAACAUGAUACUGACAACAUUUACUAUUAUUCUGUACAGUGUUCUAUCAAAUGAAAAGUCUGCUCCUGCUUAUAGGUUCUGUAGUAUGGCCAAAUGCGAGGGCACAUUCAAAAAGUGUUCCUCUUUGAGGGUCUACUUACAAUAUACAGUAUCUUUUCUUUCCUCUAAGGAACUGAAUAGGAAACUUUGGGAGAUGACACACAUUCACAUAACAAAAAAACUCUGCAAAAAUGGAUGUAGAUCGCAUGUUAUGAUAAUUAUAUAAUUGUAACUAGAACUGUCUAAACUAAAUGGAAUCGGUUUUCCUGUAGCCUUUAAUAAUGUACAGUCAAACCUGUAUAAAGCGGUCACCCUCGGUUAAGGGGUCACUUUCCAAAUUCGAGGGAAACACUUCUCUUAACCACUGUAAAAUUGUCCUUAAGUGGUCUCGGUCACCUUUUCCGAGGUCCCACAAGUUUUUUUUAAAUUUUCCUCACCUCUAUAAACAGUGGCACCCAACAACUGUUUUCUGUAAAAUAUCCGUUGGAAGGAGCAGAUAUUGCAUAGAAAUUUCUGUAGCAUAAGCCAGGCAAAAAAUUGUUGGAUAACCGGUCAUUCAUCUAAGCUAUUCAAAAGUUUUUUAUUAACUUCCCUUCGAUUCUCAAAUUUUAUUCUCAAGAUUUUGCUAUUAUAGGUAAAAAAAGGUCACCUGAAAAUGUCGGUAUGACGAAAAAGCGUCCCCUAAAUUUUCUAAUGAAUUUAUGGUUAUUCCGUGUCCUUGCAGUCUCGACAAGACCCGUUGGGAUAGCUAAAUCUUUUGAGAAGGCCAAAGUUCCCCUAAAAUUAGCAAAACGGACGUCUAAAGCAUAGAGAAAUCCAUUUUAGAGAUUUUUGACUUGCUUUUAAAGGUCCGUUCGUUGGGUGCCCCUGUAUAAAACAGUCACUUUGUCAAAAUUUACCAUACUAGCCUAUGCGAGUGCAAUGGAUAAACUUGGUAUGGUGUUCAGUGGUGUUUACUUCCUUUCUUUUACCACAAGAAGAGGUAGAAACACUGUGAGGUUAAAUUGUUGCAUGAUUGAUAUUGAUUUUUCGCUUUUUGACCAUCUUUAUUUUCUUGAUAACCUCUUAGGUUUGUCAAACCUGUUGUAAGUGGUCAUUUGGCCAUUCCUCAAGUGAAGGGUGACCAUUUAAUACAGGUUUGACGGUACUGUGAGUGGACACUAUUGGGGACUUGUUUAGGUGUCUUCCAUCUGACACAGGACUCAAAGCGAAUCUCAAGAUAGAAAAGUUUCAUCACUGACCUUUUAAUCUGUGGACAAAAUCCUUUGAUGUUACUACUCAAAUGAAGCCUUUUUAGCAGAACUUCUACAUACAUACGACUAUUUAUUUGUUCAGAUUUUCCAAAAAAUUUUUUUUUUCUCCACCAUUAGGGGUAAAAAGGGAAAGGGCGUGCUUAUUCGGCAGGAAGGGGACACUUUUUCGCCAUUUUAAGCAAAGAGAUGGGCACUUGUUACUUUAGGAAAUCAAAACAGAAUUAAAUUUUCUCACUAACAACAAUUAUUUUUUCCUGCUUCAGGUGUUGAGAUGGUUACACUCUAUGAAGAUGAAUUCCUUGCUGGGUUCAAGCCACUUAUCACAGCUAACAAGCCUCUCUGCAAAGUGCCUAAUUUAAAGUCUAAGGUACAUAUAGUGAACCAAUAAACAUUGGCAUCAUCCAUGUUUUAUAAAAUUCAAAUACAUGUAGAAAUCUUAGCCUUAACUUAACCCUUUAAGCCCUAAAAGUGAUCAGCAUGAAAUUUCUCCAUAUAAUAUCAAUGCUUAAGAAAACUGGGAAUAGGAGUCUAAUUGAUAUUUCUACAAAUUCUCCCCACUACUUCUAUUGAAAGAGUAUAGGGACAGUAAAUGAGAAUCUCAAUUUUGAUAUUAGGGUUUAAAGGGGCUGUGUCACUGUUGGCUAUGCACUUGAAAAUGACAAAGUCACAGCUUUGAUUGUGUCAAACAAAUAUGUCUCCCAAACAUUUUAUCAAAUGCUACAAACAACAAAAAUGAACUUAUAACAAGUUCAUAACAUGUUUACCAAAAAACUUAAUUGCAAUCUUUUUAAAUCUUCUUCAAGUUUGUCCUUCCAAUUUGCUCUGUUAUUUAUACCUUUCGUGUAGUUUUUUGAGCAGUUAUUUUUAUUUUUCACUCUAUCUGGUGGCAGUUCUCACUGUCCGAAUUUUGAAAAUUUCCUGACUUAGCCCCUUUAAGAUUUCCUAAACUUGAUGCAAACGUUACCAGAAAGAUCAUGAACGCUGUACUGUAGCAAAAUAGCAAAAUGGCAGACCUCCUGUUACUGAUUUUUAUUUAUUUAUUUAUUUUUUUUGAGAAUAUAUUUUAAAGGUUUUCUUUUGUUAAGAUUUGGGUAAGCUGGUAGUGAAAAUAUUAGUGAGUUUAAGCAGUGAUGUUUUUGAGCUAUGCCCUUCAACCGGAAGUGGACUUUUUGCACUCUUGAACAAUGACUAUGAACAAAUUUUUGAGAAAAUUGUCUCUCUGAGGGUAAAGACACUUAGCAUCAAGGGGUAUUAACCCUUUAGGUCCCAAGAGUGACUAACAUCAAUUUUCUCCUAACAACAUCAGCAGAUCAUCAAGAGUAAAGGUUAUGAGAAUUGCUUAAUUGAUUACCAAACGGAGAACGUUUUGAUCUUAAACCAAAUUCUCUCAGCUAUACGUAUAGGAAAUGUAUGGAGAUCAGACUGGAGAAUUUGUAUAUGGAUCUUGAGGCUUAAAGGGUUAAAAGGGAAAAGGACUCACUUCCGUUUGACGCGCAUUACUCCAAAACGUUGCUGCUUCAACUCCCUAUUAAGUAGCACUGAACUGUGUUUCUACCAGGACUUGGUUGAGGAUUAUCUCCGAAGUCAGUGUCUCAAGGAGUUUGCUGCUUUUCUGGUUUCUUUGGAAAAUCCCCCGUUGGAGUUUGAUGAUGAAAGCGGUGAAUUCUCAGCCGUGAUCAAAAGCACAAAAGUGUCACCAGUCAAGGAGAGUUCGGCUGUGGCAAUGAUUCACUUGGAUACAUCAGAGCAAGCUGAUCAAGAGGAACACGAGGUUUGUACAGAUUACACUCAAAGUACCCAGCAUUUGGAAAUGUCCUUAGUUAGUAAAGUCAACUCAAACCUUGCGGACACCUCGCUAUAACGGACACCCCAAUAAUACGCACGGCAGCUAAAUCCCUGGCAAAAACAAAGUACAGACGUUUGACUGAAAUAAACUCCUGCUAUUACGGACUCUCGCUUAUAAGGACACUAACUCAAGGUCCCUACAGUGUCCAUUAUUAAGGGAGUUGACUGUAAUCAGGAACAGUUACAUUACUGGAAGAAAGAAUGACCCAAGCUUAGCUCAGCCUCUCCUGAUUACUGGAAUCAAAUUCUGUUCUCAAAUUGGUGGUGAAAUCUUCCAUUUGAAUGAAGACCUCAUUUGAAAUACAGUCAAGCCCCAUUAGUAUCCAUAUUAACGGAAUGUCUGUAUUAAGCGGGUUCAAUUUAGAGAAAAUGUAAGGGCUUUCUUUCCCCAGGGACAAAGCAAACUGUCCGUAAUAAUGAGAUCUCUGUAUUAAGCGGGUGUCCAUAAAGCGGGGUUUGAAUGUAGCAGUGUUGAAUGGGUUUACAUAAUGAAUACUUACAUCAACCAAAUCUUCCAUGCUUAUCAUGCUGAAGGUACGUCAUCAAUCUGAUAGUGAUAUCUUAAAAAUUUGUCCAACCAGGAAUCUGAUGAUGAUGAUGAUGAUGUGAUUAUUGAAAGUGAAGAGGAACCGAUAGACUCAGGGUAAGAGUGUUUGUGAUUUAAGAGUUUCUAAGCAGUUUUGUGUAUGCGGAUAUGAUAUGGAAGGAAGGGUUGGAACAUUUUCAUUUUGGUAAUCAGUGGGGAUAUGAUAUGUGGGGGUUGGAACGUUGUUAUGUAGGAGUUUCCAAGUGCUUUAGACUUGCUACAAUUCAUCCUCCCAAGUUUCACCGAAAAAAGCCGUAAAUCAAGCUGAGAGUUGUUUCGAAAGUCUACAACUGAGCAGUUACGUGAGGAUAUGAUGUGGGAGUAGGGGCGUUGGAAUACUGUGAUUGAGGAGUUUCCAAACAGUGAUGUAUGGGGAUAUAAGGGGUGUGGGUUGGAACAUUUUGAUUUAGGAGUUUCCGAGCAGUAAACUGUGUGGAUAUGAUAUGUGGGCGAGGUGGGGGAGUAGGGGCUGGAACAUCAUAAUUCAGGAGUUUGGAACAUUAAAGGCACAAAUGUUAUAGACAAGUGUAGCAAUUGUUUUAGGGUAUUAAAACAAUAGCCACAUAGCCAUACUGGCGCUAGUGAUAGUGGUAAAUCACACUUACAUUUGUAACUUCAGCUGAUGUGCUUCUUGUCUCUCGUUCCUGUGUCAUACACUGUAAGCACAUGUACAACAUUCAGUCCCCAGGUUCACAUGUGAGUUGAUCUUUGCAAUACUCGGCGUUUUCUUUCGUUUGGUUUUUCAUGUUACUCCCUCUACCAAAAUAAGCAAAAACAAAAACUAACCCUCUGCGUUCCUCCAAAAACCUCACAUGAGGAUGAGGAAUACUGGGGCAACCACAUAUGUUUUCUCAGCCUGUAUCUUUUGAUUAACCUUUAACAAUUUGUUGUCGCAGGGAUGAGAUGGAAAGAGACUUAAAACAUCUCAAGGUGAGCCUUGGAUGAUUUAUUCUCUCGUUUGUUUCUUCUUGCCCCCUUCUCCCCCCUUUUUUUGUGCUUACUAGACUUCAUUUCGGUGGGAAACAUUUUUUGGGAUAACCUAUAGGAUCGUCGUGUUAGGUGGAAGGAAGUGCAAAUGGCACUGGGACAAGAUUCUCCUCGCCUGUUUGACUGGAUCGUGCUUAUUUGGGUAUGGUUCGAAAGAUCUCUUUCCCCUGCACAAGUUAAAUUUUAAAGUUGUCUUUGACCGUUAAAACCGAUGACGUCACAGGUGGUACAAGGGACGUGCAGUGGAUCCGCGCAGGCGGUUCAGGGGUGAAUAGGUUAAUUUGAUAAAGUAGUAAAGGAGAUAUUUAUUUUGUAGGCCAAAAAGGAUGCCCUUAGGAAACAAGUAGAAUUUCACAAGAAAAGAGAAGAUAAAGCAAAGGUAAGGUUCCAAAUGUGGCUUGCUUUGGUAAAACGUACACUAACCAGGCGUGGAUCUAGGAUAAAUACUGAUCGAUUCCCUGAACGAGCGUCGAAGGCGCAAUCUUCUAGGGGGGUCCAGGCGCAUGCCCCCCAUAAGAAAUUUUGCGAUUUUAACUCCCUACGCAAACUACUUUUUUAGAGGUACCACACCACUGCACUGCAUGACCAUUUCUGUUCUUCUGUUUGUCACAAGGGAAGGUAGCGAGUCUUUGCAGUUAAUUCUUCUUGUGAUUGACACUUCUUUUUACCUUUAUUACAUGAUUCAUGAUUUGGUGGGGACAUAAGGCCGCAAACCAACCCAUCAGCUGGCCAUUCCCCAUGGUAGGGCAAAAAAUGACGGUCAACAGGUUGCUGGUCAUGACGAAGGUCAAGUUAAUUUUUGCUCGGUCAUAACUCUUAAGACUCGUUUUUAUGGUAGAUAAUCUAAUUUUCAAUGUUCCUUUUAUGUUUUGAAUAUUCUUAUUUCAAACGAACCCCAAAUUGACUGGUCAUAUCUCCGAUGAGGCCUGCAUUGUUCAACGAUUGGAUCCUUGGUAUAAGAAUGACCAAUGACUGACGGUUUGACUGUUUAAUAUCAACAUUACCUCAGUCAAAAAUGAGUACCCUGCCAUUUUGUAAUAAACAAUCACUGGUCCCGAGGAAAAUAGUUAAUUUUGUUUCUCGAGGGACCUGUUAUGUAGGUGGAAAAUUUGAAGCUGGAAAUUCAUUAAACCCCGCUGUAAACGGCGGUCGUCGGUCAACAUUCGCGGGCAACGGUGCACUGUUACGCUCUGACGUCAUAGAUUUUUGCUAAUGUUACCCACUGAGAGAUUUUGUCAGGAAACAGUUUCAUUGUUGGAUGUCAUGUGACCUCGAAGUAACCAAUGAAAGCGCGCACUGUUGGGAAAAAAUUUCCAGCUAUAUAACAAUAACUAAUGUUUUCAACGUAGGCUGUUAUUGAGGAGCACAUCUCCAAGCCACGUUUGAUGUUUGAAAACUACCCAACAUAUCUUGUCGCUGAUACCAACUGCUUUGUGGAUCAUUUGGACGGACUCAAGGCCAUUGUAAGCUGUCAGGCUUUCACGCUUGUGGUGCCACUUAUUGGUAAGAAUGCAAUAUGAUUUAAACACAUUAUUUCACAAUUAUGGCAAAUUAAAUCAUUGUUUUGCCUUCAUGAUAGUCGGCUUUUAAUGCUUCGUAUCAAGGUAAAAGUUCUCUUUAAAUCUGCAGAUGCAAUCUAGCCGAAGAGGGCUAAUUUACAUAAAUAAAACUUGAGAAAAGUAAUAAGGUGUAUUAACGACAACAAAGUUUACUUGAGGCAUUUCAAACAACAGAUCCUUCUGAGAACUUAAAUUAGACAGAUUUAUUUCUAACACUCUGAAAAAAAUACCUUUUACUAAGUCCAGCUUCAUCUAUCCUUUUUCACCGCUGGGGCAAAAACAAUAAUAAUUAUAUGAUGACGAAUUCCAGCUCGGAGAUUAAAGGCGUAGAAAGAAAAAACAGCUUUCUUAUGAAGGGUAUGGCCGGGAUUUUUGCCCCCGGAUCUUUCUGGUUGAUUUUUUCUGAAAAACGCGGCAUAAACAAUUAUACCCUUAUAGAACGAGAGUAGAUGGGUAUUUAACAAUUAUUCCUCGAGCCGGAAUGGGCUCUGGGCCGAAUGGGCUAUUGACUCAGAGGCUGUGAGGGCGAGAGGAAUAAUUGUUUUAGUAAAAUCCAACUAGUUGGUCAAAAAUAUCGAGAAUAAAAAAAUUUUAGCUAGUUAAAGCUAGAUUUUAAUCCUUUUUUGCCGCCAAAAAGCCCGCGCUUUUCGCUACUUGGGGGCUAUAACAUAUAGCCUAGUAUUAGCUCAACCAAUCAGAACGCAGCACUGAUAAUAGCCCACUAGCUGGAUUUUACUAAAGACGUAUACCAGUUAGGCCGCAAUGUUUACGACUCCCCGUCUGGUCUAGCCUGCGUAGAAGGUGUUUUUUUUUGGGGGGUGGGGGGGGGGGGCAGGGAAAGAAAGGGAGAGAGGAUCUCUGCCUUUUUCCCCUUCACCCUCUCCCCCAUCUUUUUCUCGUUUGACUUCUGUUUAGCUUCCGCGCGGCUUUGUCUCUUACUUAACGAACCACAAACGAAAAACACACCAAAAUAAACCCAGGCUAUCUCUGGUCUUCGUCUACUAAUUACUAUCUACAAAAUUUCAUUUUCCAUCACUUACAAAUACUCAAAUUUGUCUCUUUUUAACCAUACCCCUCCCCGUUUUUCCUUAUUAAAACACGCUCUAAAAUUCAACCAAAUCAGGUGGAAUGAAUUCUUCGUGUGUUUAAAAAGGAAAACGUAACUAGGACCUCCUUAAGUCACAAAUGUGAAUUAAAGGACAAAUAACCCAAAGUAUGAAAGAAAACGAAGCAGUUUUUCUCUCCGUUUGUCGCUACUUACACGAAACAUGUUUCACACACAAAUUCCUCUCUCCCUCCGACUAAAAAGCACCGUUUUCAGUUUUAAUGAUGUACAAUUUUGCAAGAAACAUGCAAGCUAUUUGUCAUCAUGGUAUUUGUCAUCAUGGUUACGUAACGUUGAGGGUCUUGGUUCACAAAUACGUAAUACGUGAAGUAAAUACAAUAACAACACAUACAACGUACUUUAGCGACACGAUAACUAGCUUAUGAACGUGUUUGAUAAACGUAAUAAGAAUGAUGCUUGUAAGGAAAUAGAUUGUCAGUUGAAGAACGUGGCUUGAUUUGCUACUUACUUUUAUCUUGCAGUAAUAAAUGAACUCGAUGGUUUAAAGAAGGAUUUCCAGGUUGACAAAUAUGAUAAUCUUCAACAUGCCCAAUAUGUACUGGAGAAUGCCAGGUACGUUGAAAUGCUAGAAACAUGAAUAGUCAGGCUACCCAUUUAACGUUUUGUCACUGUCUCCAGGAAGACCAUUCUCUCGAUAAUUAUUUUGCCAAGAAUUCACUUGAAACUACAUCUUGGUGUUUUAGGAGCUGUCCGUGUAAAGGUUGAUUUCCACUAACACGUUUUUGGCAACGCACGUUAACGCACGUAAAUUUAAUCACGUAAAUAAAAUAGAGACACGAUAUAAAGUGUUCAGAUUAACCGUGAAGUUGAGCGAGGUUCAACUUUUACGCUUACGAACGACCAUUCAUCCAUUACCUCUAUUUUAUUUGCGAACUUAAAUUUUACACACGUACGCACGUAAAAAUUACGCGACAGUGGAAAUCAGCCCUAAGAUAAAUUUCCUUGAUCAACACCAACGUUUCUCUAAGAUUCGCUGAUCACAUUUUCGGGAUAAAGAGAGCUAUUUAUUAUUAUUAAUUAUUAAUAUUUAUUAUUACAACUGUUGCUUGAGUCUGAUUAUGAUACUUUUCACGUUUAAAGGAGUGCUGUUAAUUUUCUUGAGUGCGAGUUUAGUAAGAGAAACCCUCAAGUCAAAGCAGUGACAAGCAAAGGCUCUGAACUGGACACCAUAUCAUUCAGAAGCGAAGAUCCAUCAGGCAGAAAGGUUCGUAUGAGAUGUGUUGUUCAAUCGCGUGGGGGCACUUAAGGGAAAUUUGGGUAGAAGUGUGCUGCCGAGACCUUCAAUUCCUGCCCUGUUUAAAACAAGAGACUAGAUUUUAUCGCCCAGAUUCGUUUCGUUUUGGAUACUUAAUAAAGUUAUUUUUUAAUGAAGCAAUACCUUGGAAUUAGAUUUUUGGGGGGAAAAAAUUGUUCGGAUUACAAAAUUAACUGAAUGUGGAACGGUUAUCGCCAAAUUUCACACUCUUUUAAAGGCUUUUGGUCCAAAAACACCGCUAGAUAGUGAAAUCGCAUACCUGUUAGUGUUUAAUAUUUAAGACCCUAAAACCUUAUCCUAUUCAACGGCUCAUACCCGUCUUGGCCAAAUCUGUGGGUGCUCAAUAGAAUAAUUUUCGUAUGAUUGUGAAAUCAGUAUCUCCAGUCUUGGCGGUCUCGAUUUCUUUCAUCUAUGAAUAGUCGGAAGGGUCAAAACAAGCUUAAUGGUCAUUUGCUUCUUGAUGAAUACCCCAAAUGCGGGAAGAACUUUGAAAACAGAAAAUUGGUUGUGUAUAAAAUCACUAGCAGUCCUGAGGCAUAUUAUGACUUGCUUUUCUGUCAUCUUCAUCUUAGUCAUCAUCGUCAUCAUCAUUAUCGUUAUCAUCAUCACCGUUGUCAUCAUAAUCAACAACAUCAUUAAUCUUAGGAGCCCAUAAUGCUCCUGUCAAUUAACAUCAUCAUCAUCGAAAUAAUCACAACAUGACAUGACAUAACUAUUAAUGUGAAUUGACACUUAGCUGAAAAUCUUUUUUACAAUGACAAUCGUUUGCAAUCGUUAUUAUCAUCAUCGUUGUAUAAUCCAACACUCAAAUCUUUUUCCUGUGCAGGGUAAAGGCUGCAAUGAUGAUGUAAUUCUCUCCUGCUGUUUAUACUACUGUGAAGAGAACUUUGUCAAUAGACUAGCAACUGGUAAGUGAUCCCCCUCAUAAUGUGUUUCUAUGACUUAAGCUUUUGCCUAGUUUAUCCUUCUUAGAUUUUAGAUUUGACUACGACAAAACUAAAAUUAAACUCGGUAAAACUGAAGACUCAUUUCGUAACUCUUUUGAUAUUUAUCCGAACCAACUGGCCUUUAGAGCGAUAAACGAGGAAUAGCUUAUGUACUUAGACUUGUUCUCGUUUUAAACCUUUUCAAGUCAAGCAUCGGGGAGUCAGUUUUCUAGGUCCUUAUUUAUGUUGGUCAGUUUGACCUUUUCUUGUGAAUACCCGGCUCAAUAAGAGUUGUCUCUCUAGAUUAAUAUUUCCUUGCUAUGUUAUUCUCUCAUGAGUUUGUUUCCUUUCCCAGCAAACCAACCGAUAACAAUUCAGAGAAAAGUUGUGUUGUUGACAGAUGACAGGAACUUACGCUUAAAGGCGUACACCAGAAAUGUCCCCGUGUUAACGGUUCCACAGUUCAGGAAAAUGGCUAGGCUGUGAUAUAGUUCAUGAGCUUGCCCUUGCGGCGAGUAUGGCUUUCAUUUAUCAGCUUGGAGCUGGUAAAAGCGCUUCUAAGCCAUGGCUAAUGCUGGAAUUACAAACGUAAAUGAGAGAGUGCCACUAUGGUCGGCAGGCUUGGUGGUACCUAAAUGCUGUUGGUGUUAAAUCAACAUGAACGGAAAGGUGAAGCCUGAGAAAACAGCCGAUAUUUCGCGACACCACUACUGGUUUCCCUACGAAAUGACGUCUGAUAAACGAGCACAGAAAUUGAUUGGUUGAGGCGGCGCGACCAAUCAGAAGCGCUAGCAAGAUCAGGAUAGUGACACGUCUUUAGUAUGGAAUUUUUGCGCUCGUUCCCCAGACGUCAUUUCGCGGGGAACCAGUGGUGACGUCGCGUAGUGUUGGCUGUUUUAUCAGACUAGGAAAGGUGAAGAUGAAGCACAAUCGAUUCUUGAUGCUUUCAGUUUUCUUAUAAAACGGUCCGUUAUAUCUCUUGUUGAAGUUUAUCCUCCAUACCAGGGCUCAAAAAUAAGUCCCGUCCUCUCGUUCGGGACAGGUAGAGUUUGUUUCCCAAUGCGGGAGCAAGGUCCCAGGCAACCAAGCUUUGCAUGAUAAAGAACUAACACAAACAAGCAACUGGCUUUACCAAGCAAAAAAUUGAGAACUCCUUAUCCACAUCAUGUUGGUGUCAUUUAUUAAGAGUGUGUGAGAGCUAAUACACCUAUAUCAAUAACAUCUUUUAACUGAACUUUUUUUGAACUGGAAGAAAUUUUUAACCAGAAAAUUAUUGUCGGACCGAGUUGUUUCAACCUGCAUGUAUGGCUCAAGCGCCAGCUGGACGCAUGGUUCAUGAAUAGAAAUGCCGAAGAAACGAGAUUUCUUAACUUAGACUGCGAAUCUCUAGGUGGUAUAGGUAGGACGCGAAAAACAUAACUGGGUCAUAAUGUAGAGAACGGCCCAUUACAAGGCGUAUUCCAGCUGGGAGAAAUAACAUGAAAUGUUAUCCCUUUGUGUGUCAGCGGAAUUUAUCUCAUACUGGACACAACUUUUUCUAUAUCUCCGAGUGUAAAAGAAACUUAACUAUUCCUAUAGUGGCCAAAGGCUGGUAAACAGUAACAAUUUCUUAGGUGCUCCUAAAAGGACAGACGGUAAUUACCGUCAAGUCUGUAAGCAAACGAAAUUGUCGGGUUACGCCCUAGUCACCAAGCCUUUCAUUAGGUUUACGGUAAACAAUGUACAAUUGUAGCACCAUAUAUCCACUUACGCACGGAAUUGUAUUCUAUACAAACUUAUUACUCUUGACUUAAUGUACUUUGUACGCAUAGUUGUGUUGUGUAGAGACAAAGAAAUGAAAACCACUCAAGCGUUACUAAUCAAGAGGCAUUUUUUGAAGGUCAUCUCUCACUUCUCUAAUGUUUUACGAGUAGGUUAAACUUAAUCAUGCAAGGUAAUCUUAAUUUAUGCAGGGUACCC